UGCAUCACCAUGUAACAGGUGUCUUCCACAACCAUACCAGCAAACACGUCCAUACUACUGAUGGUUCAGAAAACAAGUUGGGCAUCAGCGGCCGAUAGAUGAACAAACAGAGCAGAGGAAAUACCAUAUCUAUUCUGACAGUUCUAAGUCCCCAAAAUCGCAUUAACAUUUCUUGAGCACCCAGUGUUAUCAAAAUGAAAGCAAACAUGUCUAAUUACACUUCUAAUGUUCCGUCACAAAGAAACCCUGAAGGUUGGAGGAGGGUGGAUGACGUUGCUUAUGAAAUUGAGACGUAUUACCUGUGGGUUAUAGUUGCACUUGGAUUUCCUGGAAACUGCUUCACAAUCAUCACCAUUAUUAAGAUGUGUCCAGCAAGGUCCCUCACCGUUUACAUCGCCCUCCUCGCCAUCGUCGACAACAUGGCCAUCGUCAACAAGCUUCUUAUGUUCGUGCUGCCUGACCGAGGAGUACAGAUUGGACUGUCUGGUUGCAGAUUUCUUGGAUUUAGUGGUAACUUUCUCAUUACUUACGGCAACUGGCUGCUUGUUGGGUUGUCAAUUGAGAGGUUCGCUGCCGUGUGGUUUCCGUUCCAGAUCGGCAAAAUAUGGACCUUCAGAAAAUCCUUAUCAGUAGUCAUAUCGAUAACCAUACCUCUUGUAGCCUUGUUUCUUCAUCUGUUCUGGACAAUGGAUUACAGUUAUGUUGCCCACAGUAAAAGUGUAUUCUGCAAAAUCAACGAGAAGUAUUUAUAUUUCAUGGUUCAUAUAUGGUACUGGGUCAAUGUCCUCGUGUAUGCCGUGGUGCCAUGUGUCCUGCUUCUAGUGUUUAACUUACUCAUCAUCGCUGGUAUUGUAAAAUCUACCAAGGAUCGAAGAUCUUUGAACAGAAACGAAUCGAGCACUGAUCGCAGUUCAUCAACAGACCGGCAACGUCAAAUCACUAUUAUGCUUGUAAUAUCGGCAAUAACCUUGGUGGUUCUGACUACCCCAAGGUGUGUCUUGCUCAUAAUGUCGCCCUACCUAAAUCCAGCCAACAAGUCUAUGGAGGGAGCGGUUCUGUAUCUGAUUGAUACCAUCGCUUAUAUUUUGUGUGACUCAACACAUGCAAUUAACUUUACCUAUAUUCCUUCAGUGCUCGACGAUUCAGGAACCAAUUCAUUGACAUGUUUGUGUGUCGCAAACAAACUCCAGCAGCACCAGCCACACAGUACAUAACCCUUUCCACCCGCCCUUCAAAAGAUAGUGCAUAGGUCAGAUGCCUUAUAUACGAGUGAACUCAGUAUGAGAUCACAUUUUCAAACUACAUUAACCCAAAAUUAUUGUAACUUAUUAAUGUUGAGUGUUUAUAUUGGAGUGUGCACUUUAUUUCAGAGAAUAAGCAGUGGAAUUAAUGAUGAUAACAGGCAAGUUUCACUUCAAAUUGCGAUUUAUCAUCGCAAAUGUAUCACUUUAUAUAAUACCUUUCCGUCACGCGUGUGAUUUUGAACGUUAAACCCAUCACGAUUAGGUCGGAUGACAGGUUUCUUGAAGGCCAGCAGAGCCUGUAAGGUGAAAAAGGUUCAUUAAACAAGAACUGUUCGAACAAGCAGAAGAAACUAGUCAGUGAAUAUGUCUCCUAAUUAGAAGAAUUAAUGGAGACGGAACAGCUGGCACUGCAUCAUAUUGCGAUAUUGGUUGUUCUUGUUCUGGUGACAGAUGCGAGUUGUAACUACUGUUGGAUGCAAUUGUGGGACAAGGUUAGUGUUAAUUAUGGCUUCCGGAUUGUUAUUUCCAAACUGCUCUCGUGGCCUUCUUCUUCAUUUUUCAGGGACUAUGAUAUGUUUGGUAAGAUGUCUUGAGUAUUCUCUAUUAUUGUGUAUUUUUAUCAAGACUCUUGAUCGGUGUGGACUAGACAUAUUGCAAUCUGCUACGAUGUAAAUAUUCUCUUUGUACAACUAUUGUCUACAUGUAUGAUGUAUGCCAAGUAUUUAAGAAUAAAUAUU